CUAAGAUGUAAACCGGCCCUGAACCGGUAAUUGAUAUAUAUGGUGCUAAAACCUCGUUCCCUCCUCCAAAUUGGCCGCCGUCACGCUUUGCCGGAACCAUUUUCGUCUCUUCCCGUAAAGUUUGAAGCCUCCCUUCUGGUUGGCUCAUCUGUGUUAGAAUGGCUCGCUUCAGAAACAAGAAGCAGAACAAAAGGGUCUCUGUGAAGCCCAUUGUGAAGAAAAACCAACAAAAGGUUGAUCAUGUGACUGGGGAUAAGAUUCCAAAGAGUUUUGUGUUUUCAAGAGGGAAAUUGCCUGGCCCCAUGAAGCAGCUGCAGAUGGAUUUGAGGAAGCUCAUGCUCCCUUUCACUGCUCUCAACCUUAAGGAGAAAAAGCGGAACAAUCUGAAGGACUUUUUAAACGUAGCAGGUCCUAUGGGUGUCACGCAUUUCCUUAUACUAUCUAAAACAGAGUCUGCACCAUAUCUAAGAGUAGCAAGAACACCACAGGGCCCUACUCUCACGUUUAAAAUUCACGAAUAUGCCUUGGCAUCAGAUAUAGCUCAGUCUCAGUUGCGGCCUAGAUGUCCUCAAGAUCUUUUUAAGAAUCCUCCUCUGAUUGUCCUUUCGGGAUUUGGUGGUGGGGAACAGCAUCUGAAGCUCACUACCAUUAUGUUUCAAAACAUAUUCCCAGCCAUAGAUAUUAACACUGUCAAACUCUCUUCAUGCCAAAGAAUAGUACUUCUGAACUACAACAAAGAGACAAAACUUGUGGACUUCCGACAUUACUCCAUAAGACUCCAGCCAGUGGGAGUGUCACGUAGGAUCAGAAAGUUUGUACAGAACCAUCAGGUCCCAGAUCUUAGGAACUUGCAGGAUGUCAGUGACUUUGUCACCAAAGCUGGGUAUGGAUCAGAGAGCGAAGCAGAUGAAGAAGCGGCCACAGUGACGCUAACUACCGAUAUGGGCAGAGUAAACCGGGCGUCGACGAAAAGCGCCGUGAAAUUGCAGGAGAUUGGACCAAGAAUGACCCUUCAACUCACCAAGGUUGAGGAAGGGUUGUGUUCUGGAGGAGUUAUAUUCAGUGAAUUCGGAAAUGUGAGUGACAAGAAAACAGAGAAGAAGCCUGAUGAAAGCGAGGAAGAAGGUAGUGACGAAGAAAGCGAAGAAGAAGAUGGAGAAGAAGAUAUUGAUGAAGAUGGAGAAGAUAUGGACGAAGAUCUCGAAGAUUAGGUCAAGGUUUAUUUACAAUAUAUAGGGAGAGAGAUUUUGGCCUGAAAAAGGAUACAGAGUUUUGUUUAUGUUUUCAUGCAAAUCCAAAACGGUGCAUUUGGUUUUCCGUGUAACAUAUGGUUUUUGUCUUUUUUUACAAGGCGUUAUAUGGAUUUCGUCCGAUAUUUAUCUCAUUGUACGCUACGGACAUGGACGGGGAUAUUAAGAUAUGCAGUCGUGCUUUGGUCG